AUGGCUCUCGAAAAUUCUACAACUUUACUUAUUAUCGAAUCUUCCAUAUUUGUUUUAUCUAAUUUAAAAAUAAAACUUUCAUCCGUCGCGUUAUUAAAACGAGAUGAUCUUUCAAUGGAUGAAAUUGAAAUUUGGGAAUGUGUAAUUAAUUGGGCAUUUACUCAACUUCCACAACUAUCGCAACUUCCACAAUCCCCACAACUUAUGCAACUACCGCGAACUUCACAACUAUCACAAUUACCACAAACUCCACAACUAUCACAAUUACCAUUAACUCCACAAUUAUCGCAACUAUCUCAACUUUCACAACUUUCACAAGUUUCACAGCUUCCACAAAUUUCACAGCUUCUACAACUUUCACAAAUUUCACAAGUUUCACAGCUUCCACAAAUUUCACAAAUUUCACAAAUUCCCUCACGAUUAAAUUUAGAUAUUUCUAAAUGGUCAUUAGAAAAUAUUGAAAUGUUUAAAUCGACAUUAAGUGGAAUUAUUCAACAUAUUCGAUUUACUGGAAUUAGUUCAUCAGAUUUUUAUAAAAAG